UAUAUGGGGGGGGGGGGGGGGGGGGAAGAUACUGAAACCCUAAAAACACUGAUCACAGAGCUCUCAAAAAUCAAACUCUAGACUUCCACUUUGUCAAGACAGAUUUCUGAAAUGAGCCAUUUGCAUCCAUUAACAAUUCCCUACAUACAGAAUAAUAUGCAGCGUGAUUCCUGGCCACCACUGAGAACUGAGGCCCAGUCUGGGCUGGCCGGGUUUCGCCCCGGGGCCGCUGCAGCCUCCACUCGGCUCCGCUCCGCCCGCCCGCGGCGAGCACUAAGCUCCGCCGGGGCCGGCCCUGCGCGGAAACCUCCACCCGCGGGCAGGGAGGGGGAGACCGGGGAGAGGCAGGCAAGGAGGCGGGGGAGAGCGGGGAAAGGCGGCCCCGGCGGCGGGAGUGGCCCCGGGCGCCGUGCGGGAAGGCCGGGCCAGCUCCGGGAGACGGUGCUCCGCGAAGAACCUUCUCCUCUGCCCCCGCCCGGGACAAGAGGGGCCCGGGCGGCCGCGAUGGACUCCGGCAGCGAGACCCACGAACUCAACGGGACGGCGGAGGGCGCGGAGUCGGCGGCCGAGGAGCAGCACAGAAGGUGGCAGUGGUUCCAAAGGAACAGACCCAUCAACAUCAACCACUACGCCAACAAGAAGAGCGCGGCCGAGAGCAUGCUGGACAUCGCCCUGCUGAUGGCCAACGCCUCCCAGCUCAAAGCUGUCAUGGAGCAAGGGCCCUCCUUUUCCUUUUACAUCCCGCUGAUCAUUCUCAUCAGUCUGUCGCUCACCCUGCAAGUUAUGGUGGGAGUGCUCUUGAUAUUCCUUGGCCUCAUGUUCAGUCCCAUUGGUGGCUGGAGACAAGGACGACACACACACCUCAAAGCUCCAUGCGACAAACAGCAUGUUCUGCGUGUCCAAACCUAGAAUAUGUAGGGAAUUUGAAAACCCUGGUCUCAACUGCUAAUUGGUCUGAUCCCCACACAGCCCGGCUCCUGACCAGUGAGAUGUCUGCAGCUUAGGAUGGAACGUAAUUGGUUGAGGUUCCUGUCUGUCAAAGCAGGAGCUAGUUUAUGGAACCAGUUGGGUUUCUUAUUUAUAGCCAAAUUACUUGCCCAGUACAAGACAGUUUCUACUGUGAUGAAUUGCUGUCAAUUUUAUCUUUGUCACAUUGAGGGUAACAGAACCCUUGGCUUAUGAUGAGGCACUCUUGGAGCAGUGUUGGCCUGCUAAGGUCAAAGACAGGAAGAAGACAGGAAACAGGACACGAAGGUAUGAAGAUACAGGCAUCAGAGCAAGAACUUGCUUUUCACAAUGUAUAUUUUAUAGUUUUGGCUUGAAGGAAUAGUUUGUUUCUGUCCAGCCAUGAAAUUCUGUCUCUUCAAGCUCUCACAUGGCCAAACAAGAGUCUGUGCCACCAUCCAGUUUCUUUCCUUGAGUCAGGGUUUUAUCCUGGGAGCUACCAGUUCUCACAGUUUCUACUAGGUAUUAAAAGCUUUUCCUCCUUCUAAAGAGCCUUUCACAAAAACAAUGUGAGAAAUGUUCAGCAAACUUGUCCUUGGAAAGGAUUUGGUGACCUUAACUUCUUGGAAGAAGAGCAAAGAAUGUCUUGAAAUAGUUUCAGUGGCAUGAAAUCAUAGUAAUCCAUUAUAAUAAAAUACUUAAAGAAUAACUGUUCUUAAGAACAUUUUCAGAAACACCCUCAUCUUUAGUGCUGUAAUUACAAAGAUAGGAUUACUGCAAUUCUACUUCAAAGUUCCUAAACUGACAAGUAUUACUUGUCUUCUCUGACCCUCCUGUGGAUAAAAGGGCAGCUCUGAAAGUGUCAGUUUGCCUUUCAGCGUGAUUCCUUUUAACUCACAUAACAGAUCAGGCCAUUAUUGCCUUUCUAUUUUUAUCCCACUGUCUCAAAUGCUCUUAUUCUAUAUUUCAGAACUAAUGAUUCAGUUUCAUUUAUUCUUCAUUCACAUGGCAGUACCUAGAGUCCUUCCAGGUCCUGUUGAGGUGCAAGCAUCCACAUGCCUCCAGGUACUUUACAGAUGUGGAAACUCAUUUUAAGGUUGAAAUACUACUGAAAUUAUUUAAUGCCUGCAGAGGUGUGCAGUAGCUUCUCAGGGCAGUUCCCCCACACUGUUCUUCAAUGCUUUGCCUGGUCUGUGAUGUUUGACUACACUGCUUUAGCAAACAGGACUUGAGCAGGUGCUCAUAAUUCCUUGAAACCAAAACAGCAUUAUUAGGGACCCCAGGCUGUUAGCCCUUCAGCACCACAAGUGUGUUUGCAACCACUUAAGUGCUUCAAGAACAAGGGAUAUUGGUUCAGUGGUGCACUUCUGCAGUAUGGAACAUGCUGAUGAUGGCAUAAGCAAGGAACAAGAUGUAUUUUGUGUGGUAGAGUCAUAAGCUGUAUGUCUAUGUAUGUGCCCAUCAAAAGGAGCUCUAAGUUUUAUGUUGCUGUAAAAACGUGUCUAGUAUAAACUUUCUCUCACGUGUUGUGCACAUGCAGACACAAGCUCCAGUGAUAUAUGCUCUUGAGAACUUGGAGUCUCAACACACAAAACCCAUUGUCAAAACAUGCUCCAGAAUUCAUCAGCACUCACUCCAUCAGCAUCAAAGAAAUGUAGCCAAGGGUCUCAGCUGCAGGGCCCUUGAUGCCAGAGAACAGAGACAGGAAACUCUUGGGUUUUCACAUGGUGUUUCAGUGGGCAUGAUAGUAUUUGGUCCAUGUUGGAUCUGAUGACCUUGGAGGUCUUUUCCAGCCCUAAUGAUUCUAUGAUGCCAGGCAAGUGCCCCAGACUUCUCACUGUCUUAAACCAAACCUAUUAUCAGCGCAAUGUAACUGAUUUGUAUGCUAUCACGAGGCCUGGAAUCCAAGCUUACACUACAUUAAUGUUUGUGUGAGCCUCCCUCACUCCCUUUAGCAGUUCAACUGAAAAACAUGUGCAAGAAACAAAGGAAAAUGUUUACACAGCAGAUGCUCUCUAUAGAAAGGACUGCACCUACACUGUUGUGACACCUCCUUCUGUUUAACAGAUAGAGUACCCUUGCUUUCUAAAAACAGAAUCAGGGCAAAGGCAGGGAGUACAAGGGAAUACAAGCUGGGGAAAGGCACCAGUACCGAAAAAAAUCCAGCUCUGGUAAUGAGAUUUGUAGAAUUUUAACUGAGAAAUUUAACUUCAUCCUGUCGGGGCUUCAAGCUUCGUGUAUUCAAGACUGAAAUAAUUUUUAAAUGCUUAAAGUCUGCAACAAAGCUAGGCUUCAAAACAUCAAGAACUCGAAAGAUUUCUGGUGAUGUUAGUGCAUCCAUUACUUCCCAUGUGUCUCCACAGAGAUUAGAUGCUAAUUACUGGAAGUUAAUAAGCUCCUUGUUGUUACAGACCUUCCCCUUAGCACUUUCACUGACACUGCAGAAUCUGACUUCCCUUUUAAAUAUGACUGAUUCAAAUAGCUUAGCAUAAGAUAAAUUCUGUAACUGCAGCGGUAUGAAACCUUUUAUUCUGGAUUUUGAGAUAUACAUACUAUUAAACAUUUUUUUUCUCCUUUCUC